UCUUUCUCCCAGAGUUGCUGUUCCUGCGUUAGGGUUUCAGAAAGAAUCGAAUCAUGGCCAUGGUUUUUUCACGAACUUUGCAACUGCAAUCUCUGCGACCCCUUUGCUCCUCCUCCUCCUCCUCAAAACCAUGUUGCAAAUACCCGUCUCAAUUCCCCUCAAUAGCUUUUCCCAUUUCUUCCCCAAUUAGACCAACAAAGCACAACCGAGGUAACUAUGGCAUCAAUCUCCAGUCUCCCCUAGUUACCAGAGCUUCCGCCUCAGAUUUCACGGAAAACAUCAGCGAUAUCCUCGGUGAUGUUAGUAUUUUCACGGCUGACGGCCAGCCCGUCUUCUUCAAAGAUCUCUGGGACCAAAAAGAGGGAAUGGCAGUUGUUGCACUUUUACGACAUUUUGGAUGCUUUUGCUGUUGGGAUCUUGCUUCUGCAUUAAAAGAAUCAAAAGGAGGAUUUGACUCUGCUGGUGUCAAACUAAUUGCGGUUGGUGUUGGUACUCCUAAUAAAGCACGCAUCUUGGCAGACCGGUUACCAUUCCCAAAGGAUUGCCUUUAUGCUGAUCCUGAACGCAAGGCAUAUGAGGUAUUGGGUUUGUACUAUGGUCUUGGCCGAACACUUUUUAGUCCAGCAAGCGUGUCUUCAAGGUUUGAAUCUCUACGGAAUGCUUUAAAGAGGAACUAUACCCUCGAGGGCACCCCUGAUGAUAUAAGCGGUGUUCUUCAACAGGGUGGCAUGUUUGUUUUCAAAGGGAAACAGUUGUUAUAUGCACGUAAAGAUGAAGGGACAGGUGAUCAUGCUCCCUUAGAUGAUAUUAUUGGUAUCUGCUGUAGAGCUCCAGCCUCAACUGUAUAGAAUAAUUUUUAAGUCAUUUUCACAAGCCUGCUUCAACUUCUGGCUUUCAAGUCUUCUAUUUCUGGUUUGUGCCAUCAGUAAUUUAUUGCCCUCAAUCAUGUAAAGAAACCCAUAAUAUCAGCUGUAUUUAAUAUCCCCAUUGUUAAUAAAAUGUAAGCACUUAUAUUUGUAAACUUGCAAGCAAAUUAAUCGCUUGUAUAAUU